GAAUCGGCGCACUUUAAAAGGCGCCAUUUUUUUGGGUGAUAUUUGUUGGGAAGCCGGCAACGAGAGGACUUGCGACUUCGCCGGCGAUGAGGAGCUCCAGAAGCCGGGGAAGCUCAUCAGGCGGGGUGAGGACGCCGGAGCCCUGGGAGUUCUCGCAGAGCUCGAGCUCCUCCUCGUCGUCUGGCAGUAAGCGAUCGGAUUCCAGCCGGAACCCGAUCCAGAUCGCGGCGCGCGCGAUCGGCUCGUGCUUUGUUCCGAUGGAGCCCCACUUGCCGACGGGGAACCCCGGCGAUGGGUUUAGAUACCAAUCUUCAAUUGCAGCACCAUCUGUGAGCGUCCAUGGAAGCACCCAUGGUGUUGACAAGAAGAACUUAGGCCGGCUUGGAAUGUUUGGUAGUGGAAGAGGAUACAGUGGAAAAGGAUACAGUUCCCAAAAGGAACCUGGAACGAUGAAAUUCACAAUGACUGAAAUCAACCGCGCAACCAAGAACUUCUCAGCUUCACUCAAGAUUGGGCAAGGAGGGUUUGGAACUGUGUAUAAAGGGAAGCUUGAAGAUGGCACUUUCAUUGCUGUCAAGCGGGCGAAAAAGACUCUGAAUGAUAGUCAUCUUGGUGUGGAAUUUCAAAGCGAGAUCAAGACAAUGGCGCAAGUUGAGCAUUUGAACCUUGUCAAGUUCUUCGGAUUUUUGGAACAUGGGGAUGAGAAGAUUGUAGUUGUUGAGUAUGUUCCUAAUGGAACUCUUAGAGAACAUCUUGAUUGUUUGAAGGGAAAACCUCUUGACCUUGCUGCAAGGCUGGAUAUUGCGAUUGAUGUUGCUCAUGCUAUCACAUAUCUCCACAUGUACUCAGAUCAUCCAAUCAUCCACAGAGAUAUUAAAUCAUCCAACAUUCUUCUUACUGACACUCUUAGAGCAAAGGUGGCUGAUUUUGGUUUUGCUCGGCUUGGUGCUACUGACGGUGAUGCUACCCAUGUUUCAACCCAAGUGAAAGGAACUGCAGGCUAUUUAGACCCGGAGUACCUCAGAACUUAUCAACUUACCGACAAGAGUGAUGUAUUCUCGUUUGGUGUUUUGUUGGUGGAGUUAGUUUCUGGGAGGCGUCCUAUUGAAACAAAAAGAGAAAUCGUGGAACGCAUUACAGCGAAAUGGGCAAUGAAGAAAUUUACCGAAGGGAAUGCUCUUCAGACAUUAGACUCGAAUCUUCUUCCGACUCCAGCAGCUAAUCUUGCAUUGGAAAAGAUCCUCGAACUCUCUUUUCAGUGUUUAGCUCCAACUCGACAAUCCCGACCAAGCAUGAGGAGGUGUGCAGAAAUCUUAUGGAGCAUUCGUAAGGAUUACCGUGAGCUCUUGUCAUCAGAUCCACCCUGCCCACGAAUGAGGUCCUCGAUGAAUGAGAAGAUCGCACACGAUCACAUUGAAGUGUUAAUAAUGCUGCAGCUGCUGAUUUCUCCUGCAUGUUUUCCCUAUUGAUUUUGUGUUUUACUUAGUUUGCAAGAUAUAUAUAUAUAUAUAUACACAUUGUAAGUAAAGAAUUGAGUGUAUAUUUAUAUGAUAGGGUCAUGUGAGUACAUUUAUAUCAAGAAGCUCUUUGCUGUUCAUAUGACAAACUGAUGGAAUCUGUAUGUUAAUUGAAAAUUGUAUUUCAUUGUAAGACAAAUUGUUCUAGAAAUGAAGGAUUGCAUUUAUUUGAUUUCCAUUGAA